AUCUAGUUAUCAUUAUCUACUAGUUCAGCGCGGGAGAUUCAUGCGCGCGCACGUCUUUAAAAUGUCGAGUUUGAGUUUAUUUUUAACGUCGCUCCUUAUAGCGUUUGCGGCGGGUCAAGGGGCAAAUCCCAUUGUACGAGUGCACCAUGGCAUGCUCCAAGGCACCUGGAAGGAAUCUACUAAUGGACGAACAUUUGCCAGUUUUCAAGGGAUCCCAUACGCGAGACCGCCGGUUGGAAAAUACAGGUUUAGGGAUCCCCAGCCAAUGAAACCAUGGCUUGGUACAUGGGAUGCGACACGCACCCUCUCGGACUGUCUGCAGUACGAACCUAUCUUCAAGAAAAUCACUGGUGACGAAAACUGUCUAUUCCUGAACGUGUACUCCCCUAACAUAGCUGUGGGAACCCAUCUUCCAGUGGUUGUAUUCAUCCAUGGUGGUGCCUUCAUGUAUGGUACCGGAUCUCUGUAUGGUCCUGCUAACAUGAUGGAUAGAGAUGUCGUCUUAGUCACCAUCAAUUACCGGUUGGGACCACUUGGUUUCCUCAGCACAGGUGAUGAAGCAGCACCAGGGAACGUUGGUCUAAAGGACCAGUCGUUCGCUCUCCAGUGGGUUAAGGAAAACAUCAUGAUGUUUGGCGGAAACCCUGACAGCAUCACGCUCACCGGCUGCUCCGCGGGGGGCGCUAGUGUGCACUAUCACUAUCUGUCACCUAUGUCUAGAGAUAGAUUCCACCGAGGUAUCGCGUUCAGUGGCUCCUCCUUCGCCUCCUGGACACACUCCGUCAAACCAGCUGAGAAAGCGAAGUCCCUCGCCGCAAUAGUCGGUUGUCCCACCAGCAGUAACAAGGAAAUGGUAGACUGCAUGAAGUACAGGCCUGCUGAAGUCAUCGUGCGUGGACAGAUCGAGAUGUAUGAUUGGAAGGUUCACAUGUUCACCCCGUUCACCCCUACUGCGGAAGUCGGCUCCAAGUCUCCCUUUUUGACCGAGUACCCCUACCACGCGGCUAAAUCUGGGUCCAUUAACAGCGUGCCUCUUAUAGGGUCCGUCACGUCGGAAGAGGGCUUGUAUCCCGCUUCAGCAUACCAAACCGACCCCAGCAUCCUCAACGACCUGGAGGCCCGGUGGGAGCACCUCGCGAGCAACAUAUUUGAAUACAACGACACUUUACCACUGAACCUCCGCAGCGCUGUUGCUAACAAGAUCAAGCAGUAUUACCUAAAGGGGAAGCCUGUCAGCCAGGAGACCUUUAAAGAUCUAGUCCAGGCGCUCGGCGACCGUCUUUUCGCAGUAGACGUCGGCAAGAUGGUCGAGAUGCACGCCGCAAAGACCGGCCAGCCCGCCUACCUGUACCGGUACGGGUAUCGAGCCCAGUACAGUCUCUCGCACUUGAUGGCCGGUAACGAAAACGAUUAUGGUGUAAGCCACGCGGACGACGUGCUUUUAAUAUUUAACUUCGACUCGGAGCCGGCGUCCACCAAUGUACAAGACAGUAAGAUGAGAGAAGCUCUACUCGAUAUGCUUUAUAGCUUCGCGACUACUGGGAAUCCAAGAUUACCUAACAGUCCGCAGUGGCUGAAUAUCAAGCCAAAUUCACCCGAGUUGAACUAUUUGCUAAUUCAAGGGCCGGAUAAAAUCGAAAUGAAAUCUUGCCCCGACUUCGGCCACAGAUCCUUCUGGGACAGCCUAGGGUUUAUUGAAAAUGAAAACUAUAAUACUAACAUAAAGGACGAGCUCUAACUUCCUUUGUGUUAAUGUUUCUUGUAUGAAAUAUAUCACAUAAUGAUCUACAUACUCCUACUGUUUAUAAAAAAAUGUUAAUUAAAAAUUA